AUGUUUCCUGAGUCGUGUAAAAAUCGAUCUAUAGGAUCAAUCAAUUAAUCUUGUCAUGAAUCUCAUCGUCAUAGACAACAUUUAAUCAACUCAUUUGGAUUUCUGUCUAAACAUGAAUCAAGAAAUUCAUACUACGAUAAGGAGGAUCAAUAAGAUUAAUUAUUAAAAAUCAAGCAAGAGCUCAAUUAAUUAAGAUUAGAAAAUACCUAACUCAAGUCUCAGAAUUUAUAUUACUAAGUAAGUGAUUAUUAAUAUCUAGAAAGAUCUUGAAAGCUUUCAUCAACAAUUGUCUGAUGAUGAAAUCCAAUUGAAAACAGUUCGAAACAAUCAGAGAUUCAAACAUUUGCUUAAAUUAUUGCAGUCUAAAGAAGUUGAGAUUGAGAAUUUAAAAAGAAAAUUGAAAAUAGAUGAAAUUACAAAUUACUAAAAACAAGUAUCCGAACUUUAAAAUAUGGUUGAACUCCAAAAAGAAAAAUUGCUAGGGAAUCAGAGAAAUAUAUUAGCUCCUUAGUUUGCUAUCCUUGAUGAAUUAGAAUAAGAUAAUAUUAAAUUAGUUGAAAUAGUAAAAGUGUUGGAAGAUAAGCUUAAGGAUUACGAUCAAAUGAAAAAACACAUCAUAACGCAAUAAGUCAAAAUUUAAUAAUAGAAAUAACUCAUUAAUGAAUUAUUAAAAGAAAUCAGAUAAUAUAAGGAAAGAGAUCUAUUAUUUGCUGUUAAGCAUAAUCAAAAGAGUAAACAAGAUCAAUAAAUUAAGUAUUAGCUUUAUCAUACAUAGAAAACUACUCUCAGAUAUUCACAAACUAAGUUAAAAGAGAUAAGAAGAUGAAGCAUAUAUAGAACAAUUAAUAGAUAGGCAUAGAUAAGAAAUUAAAAAAUAUGAUCGAAGGAUUAUGGACAAAGAUGAUGAAAUGCAAUUGCUAUAAGAAAGAUGUGAAUCACUGAGUAAGGCUCUAUAGGAAGAGUAGAUACAAAAGGCAAAACUUAAAAAGAACGAGAAAUCCACUUCAAUUGUCAAACCUUCCAUGUUUUCAUAACAUUAAAUUGUUGGCCGAGCCUCUGGAGAUUAUUCUUUAAUUACUUCUUAAAGAUCUUUAAGUGGUGUUGGAAAAUCCAAAUAUUCCAAAAUCAGCAAGCAAGAUCUCUGUUAAAUAGUCAAAGUAAUUAAAUUUUAGAUGAUUAAUAAUAAAGUUCCUUUUGAUGAAUUAGAUACUGUAAUAUACUUCCUAUUUAUAAUAGUACUUGUUUAAAAAUCAAAUAGAAACUACUUUAGAUGAACUUAAAGAUUCCCUUUAACAAUCGAUCUUUAAUUUAAACAAAGACCAGUCUUCUAUUUUAGCAAAUUAUUUGUUUGAUUAAGAGGAUGAUAUUAAUUUCGAUAAGCCACAAAAUAAUUCGAGAAUAAGGAGCAUUCUAAAAACAUUAUUAGAUAAUUUUCGAUUGCCUAAUAAUGCUGUUUUUGAUGAAAUUAAAGCUAAUUUAAAUGCUAAUAAUCUUGAAAUGAUUUGCAGUUAGCUUUAAUCUAAAUUUUAAAGUCCUCGAAACAAACUCAAUGUUAAUGUAAAUUAAGAAUAAUAAUUUUAGGAUUUGUUUGAGCUUUUUAAAGAGAACGACAUCAAAUUAUCAAAAGCAUCUCUUGAUUAUAUCGAAUCCUACUUUUUUAAAUUGAAUCAGCAAUUAUGUGUUUUUGAAAUAGAUUAACUUAAGCAAUUAUUAGAUAGUAUUAAUAAUUGA